CCUACGCCCACUUAUCUGGGAGUUAUAAGAAGUUAUUGGAUUUAAUUAAGUGUGAUACUUUUAUCUAUUAUUUCCAUUUAGCCUCCUGAGGGCGCAUCCUGUAACCUGCAUCAUCUUUGACAAUUACAAGCAAAAUGUCUGCGUACACUGAGAUUCGUCGUGAUGGGUUCAUCUCAAUAUUUGGCCGCUUCUUGACAGAUGAUCGAAUUGACCGAAUCGAAGGAUCUCAACUUCGGAGCAUGUUUUUGCCAAAAUUGUCACGCGAAGGACAAAAGGCAUUAAGAGACAACCGCAACUUCGUCCGUUCCCAGUUGAAACACUACGGAGUUCAAAUUGACGGAAAGAAAUUCUUUGGCAAUGGGACUGCACUGCUGAAGGCUGCGCUCCAGGCUGGGAAGUGCGACCAGGUCCCUGACCACAUUCUGGAGCUGCAAUGGCAGAUGCAUGAAGAAUGGAUCAGUGAAUUAACCCCUGAGCAACUCUCCUCCAACCCGGAAUGGGUCGUGCAAAGAUAUUUUCUGUCUGCUGGCAAGCCUGACCAUACCAAAACGACCACUGUCGUCGGCAUACCCCUUGAUCGAUAUAGCCAAUAUCGUUCUGGGAAAGUGAUGGAUGUCGCUGACAAGAUCACCGGUUUACACCAUAGGAAAGCCUUGGGACCAAAAACCCAGGUCAUUUUCAUGGGCUGGAAUCAAGCAGCCGUCGAAAAAGCAGCCAAGCAGCACCCCACCGAGGAGGCGAGACGAGUAAAGAACAAGGAAGAUGAGCGGAAGAGGAAGCGAGAAAAAUUGCAUACAGAGCAUCUAAACAGCCGCAGCCAGCAGACCGAGGAUAUGACUCCUGUUGGCAGCUACAUUGUUGACUGUGAAUUCAUUGAGACGGAGUGGCCAAGCAUGGCAGACGAUCUCCGCCUUGACAUCCACAAGACCAAAACACCCAGUGUUUUCAAAGCCGACUUUGAUUUCGGGGUUUUUGAAGGGGUCAUGAUCGUUUGUGCUGAUGAGGCUGCACUGGAUGCAUACUGCACUGAAGCCGAGGGCGACUUUUCGGAUGAAGAGGAUGAAGAGGAUGAUGUUCCAACCAAGGAGGACGUCAAACUAGGCACUAAGAGAAAACUACCAGCUCCGAAACGCGUGGGGAGGCCCAAAAAGUCCAAGGCAGAGCAAGGUCAGCCUCGGAAAUAUCUGCUGAAGCUCAAAGGCCGCGAGACGGGCGAGGGGAUGAUUUGCUAUGAGGCGACCAGCGGCACUAUCAACUUCAAGGAUCAAGCCUUUGCUCGCUUUAAAGGAGAGGCGGAUAUCUCCGGCAUAGGCUCUGGAGUAUCAUUUCUUGCACGCAAGAUCUCUACUUUGCCUGGCCCAUCUAGGAAUGAUUGGGCAGACUAUUCGGAGAGACAGUAUGAGAAGGAACGGAUCAAUAGAUGGCGUUAAUGUCAUUACUUAAAGCACUAGAAGAUAAACUGGAUUGCCACCCACUUGGUUAAGGGUGUACUAGAGGCAUAGAAUAUAUCAAGCAUGAAGACUCUG